UUUUGGGAGGGGCCAAGGAAAAGCUGCACUUUUAUUGAAUAGGGCUCUGUGUGUGUGUGUGUGAGGCUGCUGCUGUGCCUCUCUCGCUGCGCUCCUGCCCAAGCAGCCAGUUAUUCAUUUCCUUCCUACCAGAGCUGAGAACUUUGCAGCCAGAGUGCCUGUAAUAACCAUUGGCCUACUCAAAGAAUCCCUUGGGAGCUGAAGAGGCAGCAUCUUCCAGGCUCAGGGGCAUCAUAUCUGAGUUCACCUCAUUUUUCUGGAGUCGUCGUUUUGAUUCAUCAAGCAGCUGGUUUGUUACUGAAAAGCUCAGAAUAUUUCCUCUGAUUGCCUUCCUAUUUGGAUCUUCCCAGAGCUUGGAACGCUUAAACACCCACCAUGGAUGACUUUGAACGCCGCAGAGAGCUCAGGAGGCAAAAGCGUGAAGAAAUGCGCCUGGAAGCAGAGAGGCUGUCCUACCAGAGGAACGAUGAUGAUGAUGAAGAAGCCGCCAGGGAACGGCGCCGGCGGGCUCGGCAGGAGAGGCUGAGGCAAAAGGAGGAAGGAGAUCUCUCAGGAGAAGCAACAGAGAAAUCUGAGGUCAAUGCCCAGAACAGCGUGGCAGGAGAGGAAAGCAAGCGCUCCUUGGACGAUGAAGCCGCGUUGCUGGAGAGGCUGGCGAGGCGGGAGGAGAGGCGCCAGAAGCGCCUGCAGGAGGCCCUGGAACGGCAGAAGGAAUUGGACCCCACGAUCACAGACGGGAGCUUGUCAGCGCCCAGCAGGAGAGAAGUGAACAACGUGGAAGAAAACGCGACCACGGGGAAAGAGGAGACUGAAACAGUUACCAAAUCCUACCAGAGGAACAACUGGAGGCAAGAUGGGGAAGAAGAGGGGAAAAAAGAAGAAAAAGACAAGGAGGAGGAGAAACCCAAGGAGGAGGAAAAUCAGGAUGACAAAGGUAAAGCCCCCAAAGAGGAAAUGAAAAGUGUCUGGGAUCGCAAGAAGGGCGCUCCUGAACAGAAGGCGCAGAACGGGGAACGGGAGCCCCCUGCCUCCAAACUGAAACCCGCUGAGAAUGCUUUUGGGCGCUCUGGCGCGAAGGGCGCCGCGGAGGAGGCGAAGCCGGGCGCGGAGGCCCUGAAGAGGUUGGAGGAUCAGCGGCGCCGCCGGGGCGAGAGCGAGAGCGAGGAGCUGGAGAAGCUGAAGGAGAAGCAGCAGGAGGCGGCGGCAGAGCUGGGCGAGCUGAAGAAAAAGCGGGAGGAGCGCCGGAAAGUCCUGGAGGAAGAGGAGCAGAAGAAGAAGCAGGAGGAGGCUGAGAGGAAAAUCAGAGAGGAGGAGGAAAAGAGGAGGAUGAAGGAAGAAAUCGAAAAAAGAAGGGCUGAAGCUGCUGAGAAGCGCCAAAAGAUGCCAGAAGAUGGUGUGUCUGAAGACAAGAAGCCAUUUAAAUGUUUGAGUCCUAAAGGUUCAUCUCUCAAGAUAGAGGAGCGAACAGAAUUUUUGAAUAAAUCUGCUCAAAAGAGUGGAAUGAAGCCCACCCAGACAACAGCAGUUGUCUCCAAGAUUGACAGUAGACUUGAGCAAUACACUAGUGCACUUGGUGGUGCAAAGGCUUCAAGACCUAAAGCUUCCGACCUGCACGUUCCGGCCGAGGGCGUCCGUAACAUCAAGAGCAUGUGGGAGAAAGGGAAUGUUUUCUCAUCACCUUCUGGGACAGGAACACCAAAUAAGGAAACUGCUGGGCUGAAGGUUGGUGUCUCCAGUCGUAUCAACGAGUGGUUGACCAAGACCCCAGAGGGCAACAAAUCCCCUGCUCCAAAACCUUCUGAUUUAAGACCAGGAGAUGUCUCUGGCAAACGUAAUCUCUGGGAGAAGCAGUCAGUGGAGAAGCCAGGUGCUGCUUCUAAGGUAUCAGCUACAGGGAAAAAAUCAGAGACUAAUGCAGGUGUGAGACAAGAACCCUAGAAGGCCACUAAAGACGCUGGACCAAUCAGUUUGGGGGAAAAAACAAAAAAGGAAAAAGUGCUAAAUUGUUCUUUUUAUAUUUAUGUUUACUUACCAAAAUGUCUCUUUUUUUUGCAUUAUCCCAGUUAAAACCAUGUAUAUUAGCACUGUAUUUAAUAAUCAGUCUAGACAUUCAUCAGAAUAGUACUGCCUUUGCACAAGAGCCUUUAUUCCUAAAGAAACCCAUGCUGUGAAAUAUAUAGACUCUCCUACUGAAAGUCAUAAAUAUGUAUCUGAACAGUGAUUUCAGCUGGCGUUAGAGGCCGACCCAAAACACAUGUAAAGUGAAAUUGCUUGGGAAAGGUGUGCAGUAAACCUAUGAAACCAAUGGUUACUUUUGUAAUACAGAAGUCUUUUUCUUUCUGCACUUUAGACUAAGGCAUGGAAGAAAUAUCUUUAGUUGACAAUGUAAUAUUUUCUGUAAGUUGCCCAUGUCAUGAGAAAUACUGCAUCAAUAACGUGUUUUAAUUUUUUUUUGUUUUAUACUUUUUUUUAAGUAUCAAUUUUUCCAUUCUAGUUUAAGUUAAUACCUAAAUUUGGAUGAUUAUGUUAGCUGACAGCGGUACUGAUAUUUCUUUUUGUUGUUAGUGACUAGUAAUUGAAUGCAAUCUAGAAUAUAUAUACACACAUAGCUUUACAAAGUUUAGCCUAAAGGCACUACUAAUGGUAGAAUGCUUUAAUAUGUGCUAGAGUAUUAUAUUUAGCAAUAAACAUACAUAAUUAGCCAAUAUCACAGCUUAAAAAAAAUAAAGACAAAAUCACACACUUUUCUAUAGUAAGAUUUCAUAAUUGUCAUUAGAGGUAUGGUGAGAUAAGUAUUAAAAAAAUUUAAAUGUCAGUUGCCCAGUAAUGGGUAAUUAAAAAGAAAGUAUAAUUUUUAAAAGAGGAAAAGGUAAGGGUAUAGUGGGUCAAAAAUAGGUCACUUGUAUAAAACGUUGUAGUUUAAUUUAUAUAAAACUACCAUAAUUAAAAAGAAAAAAAAUGUUAACAGAGUUGGAGCUUGUUUCAAAUGACUGUACACUAAAUCUUGCCAUCCAUCGGUGCCCUACACCAGGUCCAGGGAAAAUGAAGUAAACCUCUAUCUUUGUCAUGCUUCUUUUUACCUCUCUCCCCUGAAUAUCCUAUUGACAGAUGUUUUCAUUUGUACAUCGUAAACACAUGGCUUUAGGACUGGUUUGGAUUUACAUGCCCUGCAGUUUAGCAUUUUCAUCCUACAGUGUAUGGGUGGCAUAAACUGAGCAACUCAGGCAGCACCUGAGCACAUUGAUAACAGCUUUGUUGUGCACCAGAACCCCCAGGAGCUCCCUUAUCACCACUUCCAUCUCUUACAGCCCCUGGCUUCUUCCUAAAGAAGUGUAAAUUCCUAUUCCAACCCAAAGCUGGGCUCCCCUGCCUGGCUGAAACACCUUGUUUACAUCUAGGGAUGCACAAAGUUAUCUGUAGGGGGUGAGACUGUGCCUGACAUUGCCUGUGGGUUGUCGUGGUUUUUGUUUGGGGGUUUUGUAAACACUCCUCUGAGUCUUUCAAAUGCAUCUGAUAGCUGCAAUAAAAACCAUUUGUUCAACCAAU